AGGUUUCUGCUCUAGGACUUCCGAGCAGACAUCAGAAAAAUAAAUUUUGCUUCAUGUAAUACCAGCCUUUCAGGAAGUCUCUUGUAUUCGCAAGCUAUUCACCGACCAAGAACCAAAUAGACAUGUAUAAAAAGUUUACCUUUAGAUUUUAAAAUAAUGACUUGAUGCAAUAAUGCCGUUAAAAAAGCGACAUACGGCGGGAAAGAAAAAGAAAACCUCUGUGCCAAUUAAGUCAUAUCCAAAACCAGAGGGGAGUGUAGCAUCCACUCCUCCUUCGCCAGAGCCUGAAAUUACCGUAAAGACCAUCCGAACCAAAAGCUAUGAUAAAAGCGGCGUCGCACGAUUAUAUUCUCCUUUCAAUAGGUUCGGCAGCCCGAGGGCAGGUGAUAAACUGUCGAAUCCCUACAAAAGCAUUUACAAACCGUCGGGACUCUCUCCCAAAGAGAAGAGCUACGUCAUAUCCAGUUGCCAAACGCGCACCAACCGAUAUAUAAAACUUAAAGCCCUCGCAUAUAACGCUAUGAAUUGUAACAAAAUAUUCUCAAUAUAUGGCAGUUGUAAUGCUGUCAGAGAUGCAUUAUUGGAACGCGGAUGGGUUGAAAAAAUACCACCGAAUAAAAUGAACCUAUCUAAAAUAAGAAAUGGAAAGUUUCAAAAUAAAUCCGAAGUACACGGGGAGCUAGAAAGACUACUACUGUCUAAUCUAGUCGAAAAAGCGAGCCCAAAUUUUGUGUGGAAAACAAAAGAUGAGAAUCAUGAAUUAAUAAUUGAUAUGAAAAAUGAAAACUACACUAUGAUAAAUAAAUUAAAAAUCGAUGCAUUGUGGACUUCAAAACAAGGUCUUUGUUCUUCGAUAAAAAGGAAUUAUUGGUUUAAUAUCGAUGAAAUAGCUGAAAUGAAUUGUCCUCGAACAUACAAUAGUAGUGAGGUCGGUGAAAUCGAAGAUUUCGUAAAAGAUUAUAAAAUGACAGCGUGUACAAGUUUGUUGAAGUGGGUGCUGUCCAUGGUAGCCAACAAAAGGCCUGUAUUUCUGGAAACAGGGAAUGUGUCCUUAAAUGUAAUAGUUUUUGCGUUGAAUAGAUGUAAAGAAUAUCUAUUUAGGAAACAAAAUAAGGACAUCGACCAUCCUAUCAGCUCCAAACCAGUCAGUUCAGGCCAAUGGAAUUCGUUUCUAAAAAAGUAUUAUCGUAUUAUCGAAAAGGAGGAAGUCUUUGAACUGGACCAUGAAAAUAGGUUACCUCUUUAUUUGGGUUAUGCUAAAAUUUUGUUGCAAGAGAUUCACAAAUAUCGACCCCAGUUGAGCUGUGAAGGCUGUCAUAACAUUUGGAUCAUUAAACCGGCCAAUUGUUCUAGGGGCCGUGGAAUAAGGAUGGCUUCCAAACUAGGCGUUAUGACAAACUUGUUAAAUAAGAUUAAUAAUAAAUACGUCAUUCAAAAAUAUAUAGAAGAACCGUUGCUGAUACACGACACUAAAUUCGACAUAAGGCAAUAUUAUCUGGUGACCAGCACAUACCCCCUGAUAAUUUGGUGUUACAAAGAAUGCUACUUGAAAUUUAGCUCCCAAAAAUAUAGCCUCAAGAAUUACCAUGAAUCGAUACAUCUGACAAAUAAUGCUGUACAAAGAAAAUACAAAAACUGUUUGGGACGACACAAAGAUCUUCCUCAGCAAAAUAUGUGGGAUCUAGAUACAUAUAAGGAAUAUUUAAUAAAGAUCGGGCAAGACCAAUCGUGGGAUAACAUUAUAUACCCUGGAAUGAAAAAAUCUAUCAUUGGAAUUAUGUUGAGCUGCCAAGAUUCUCUUUCCGUUAGUAAGAAUCGUUUCGAAAUGUAUGGCUGUGAUUUCAUAUUAGACAAAGGAUACAGACCUUGGCUGAUUGAGAUCAAUUCUUGUCCAGAUUUGAACCACACAACUUCGGUUACAGCAAAAAUUUGUCCCGCCGCCAUUUCUGAUAUCAUUAAAGUGGUAAUAGAUAAUGCUGCGAAUCCAAGAGCGCCAACUGGAAAUUUUGAAUGCAUAUACCGACAACCCAUGACGAUACCCCGAUACGUCGCUGCAGCCGAAUUGUUCGUCAAAGGUUACGCGCUCCCAAACGAAUACUUCUAUAAAGGAAAUGUUGAAAUUAAGGAGUCUUAUGAAGACCCAGAUAUAGGUAGAGAACGUAACUUGAAAUCAGUUCUGCAGAAGUUAAAACGGUACUAUGAUGUUGAUAUUACGACGGAUCCGGAUGAGAACCUAGAAUACAACAUUACGAUUAAAAAUGAAAGCACUCAUGUGACUGAAUCUAAGAUGGAGAAGUCUGAUAUGAAUGAAUCUGAGACUGAGACGUCAGUAGCUACCAUCAUCACCGACCACAUACGUGACCUGACGGAUAAGAUCACUUCGGAGCACUCUAUCAGUAAUCCGUCAGGAUCGACCGAGGCGGCCAUAUCUACCUCAACGAUAAAUGUAAAGAAAUGCAUUCGAAAAUCUCGUCUUGAAAUGAAAACUAAUCAAAGCGUAAAGAGCGACACCACUAUUGAUUCUUUACUUAGGAAGUCCUGCAGUCACGUUGACUGUGGAUUGAAGAAAUCAUUCAGCUUCAGUAAAUUAGAUGAUGGACCCUGCGGAAAAGCCAGCUACUUCGAUAUGAUCGAUUUCAUGACUUUCCCCAAUGAAAAUAAUUUUGUAGUAUGUAAAAAGCGCGAUCUUACAAAACUAAGUCCGUCGGGGCUAAAUAUUGCAGAAGCAGCGUUGAAAAUGAUGUUUUUUAUGAGUAAAAAAGAAAAAGAGUAUUGUUGCUAAAAAUAAAUCAUCAUGAAUUACGUAA